GAGUGUCCUUGUUCAUUAAGUCACAAGCAAGAAGCCAACCAAGCAGCCAACAUGAAGUUCACCUUCGCUUUCGUCCUGAUCGCUCUGUUCGCGGUGUUCGCCGUCUCACAGGCACUGCCUCAGCCUGAGGAGGCCGCCGCUGCUUCCACUACCAAUACUGAUGGAGCUAGUGCUAACACCCAGCUCGUGCUGGAGCUUACCCCGGAGGAGGCCGCCGCAGUCGAGGCAAUGGGAGGUCGUGGAUUCUGGAAAAAGUUGUGGGGAGGCGUCAAAACGGCCAUCACUGUUGGCUGCAAGCUGACGAACUGCUUGGGAUGAAGAUAGUUGGUGUAAAAUUAUUAUGUUUUGAAUAAACAAUGGAUAUUAUGUAGCGUACAAA